GAGGAGGGGGUGGAGGUUGUCUGGAACGAGGUGCUGUUCUCUGACAGGAAGGUCUUCAAAGCACAGGAGGAGAAGAUCAAGGAGAUGUUUGAGAACCUGAUGCAGGUGGAACAUCCGAAUAUUGUCAAGUUCCACAAGUACUGGCUGGAUAUGAGGGACAGUCAAGCUCGGGUCAUAUUCAUUACAGAAUACAUGUCCUCUGUAGCUUGAAGCAAUUUUCUCAAGAAAACCAAGAAAAACCACAAGACUAUGAACGUCAAGGCAUGGAAGAGGUGGUGUACCAGAUACUGUCUGCCCUCAGUUACCUGCACUCAUGUGACCCGCCUAUUAUCCAUGGCAACCUGACCUGCGAUACCAUCUUCAUCCAACACAACGGCCUUAUCAAGAUUGGCUCAGGUCUGCCUCCCAUGGGCUUGUUAUCCGUCUAUCUUCCCUCACAACAAGUGUUCCCGGGGGCCAGUGGUAAGGUACGACCUCACCGAGACGAGCAGAGGAACCUGCACUUCUUCUCUCCAGAGUAUGGCACAGAGGAGGAUGAUUAUGCCAUUGACAUCUUCUCUUUUGGGAUCUGUGCUCUGGAGAUGGCUGUGCUGGAGAUCCAAGCCAGGGAUGCUGUCGUGUCUAAGGAGGCUAUCUCCAAUGCAGGCCAGUCUCUGGAGGACCCUCUGAUGAGAGAGUUCACCCAGUCGUGUGUGCGUCACGAGGCCAAGCUGCGUCCCACUGCCCACGACCUGCUGUUUCACCGCGUGCUGUUUGAGGUCCACUCCCUCAAGCUGCUGGCCGCACACUGCUUCAUCAGCAACCAGUACCUGCUGCCAGAGAACUGUGUGGAGGAGAAGACCAAGUCCUUCGACCCCAACGCUGUCAUGGCGGAAAUCAAACACCGCGACCGUGCAGGAGUGCAGCUAAAGUAUUCUCACGUGUCUCCACUGGAGCUGGACAAGUUUCUGGAGGAUGUCAAGAAUGGGAUCUACCCCCUCAUGAACUUUGCUUCGUCGCGCCCCCAUCCUGUCCCACGUGCCCUGUCUCUGUCUCAGGAGCAGGUGGAGACCGUGAAGACCCCCACCCCAGAACCGCAAGAGACUGAGUCCAGGAAGGUGAUCCAGAUGCACUGUAACUUGGAAUCAAAUGAAGAAGGGACCAAAACUCACCUGUCUCUGUUUCUGAAGAUGGAUGACAAGCUGCAUAGACAGCUCAGCUGUGACAUUCUCCCAACUGACUGCUCCAAAGACCUUGCCAAUGAACUUGUUCACUACGCCUUCAUAAGUGAGGAGGACUGUGAUAAGCUGGCGGGGUUCCUGGAAGAUGCUCUAGGCAAACAUCGGCUCAGAGCGCUGGCCUCAGGGAGCACACAGUGAACAGGAACCCCUGUGGAGGCUGGCCCAGAGAGAGGGGCCGUUGGCUUUGACCACUCGUCCCAGAGUGAGAGAGGGGGCAGCAGGCAGGAUCAGCCGGGAUCAGAGGGGGCCGGGGCCAGCGUGGGUAUGGGAGGAUUAACACAGGUGGUAGAAGCUGAGCCUGAAGGCCGAGAACAUCCUGGGGGGUUUGGAGAGAGCGGGAUUGAGCGGAGGCAGGAACAGGAAGCACCUCUGAUUGGAGGACUACAGGAGUGAUGGCUGUGUUUAACUAUCCCACAAUGCAGUGGAAGAUUGAUAACCCCCCACCCUCCCCAUCCCCUUGCCUAAAAGGGCUAUCAUGCCUUAAGAUGUCUUCAUGACUUUGGCUCUCCAUAUUGCCACUAUUUGAAUAGAUAUAUUCCCUUCCAGACAUCUGAUAUGACAGCUACAUUUUUACGUGUUCUUUUAAUCAAAAUCCAAGUUUAUAACACCCUAAAAUUGUUGUGGUUGGCCACUUAUGUAAUUCUUUUUACAUUUAUUUUUAUGUUUACCUAAUUCAGUCAUUACAAUUUUAUCACAACUUAAAAUCCGUCCAACAUGCACAGGCAAUGCUCACAACAAAGAAUUAUUUUCCUUGUUUUUUCUUGCUUAACUGUUGUCUGAGCCUUGCACAGUUUUUGUUCACAUAUGAAUGGUCUGUAGAGUACUACUAUUCACUUAGGCCAGACACUUUUCUCCCAGCACUGCAAAUGCCUCAGUAAGUCUCCAUGCAUUAGAGGUGAUGAGCAAUGAGACAAUGCCUCUCUUUGCCUGUAAAACUCUUAAAGGGGGUUUCCCUGUGAAAGUCCUCUGAAAGCCAAAGACUUGCAAAGUGCCUAAGAUGGCAAUCCACAUUAGACAAAAUACCCAUGACCACAGUAGUUUUGAUGUAAAGCUUUGGAGGACAUUCUCUUGGUAAAUAUUCUGAUACAUUACAUAGGUUGAAUUUGGAGUUAACAGAAAGCUAUUCUAUUUUAUCCACAACAUCAGCCUGUGAAAAUUGUAUGAUGUGAAAAUCACAUAUUUGGGAAAGCAGUUCAUUGAAUUCUAGUAUGUUAUUAUAUCUAAUUUGACAUCAUAACAGCCCAUAACAUCUACAACACUGUAGUGUGUUUGCGUCCUUAGUAUGCGUAUUACAUACUAAUAGUAAAGUAAUAUGUAAUACACAUGCUAAUUUACUAUUCUUCAGUAAACUGCCAUCACGUAACUCAGAAGAUGAAAAUUAUAUUUACAUAUGUGAUAUGAUACACCUUCUAUGAUAAAGAGGGCAUAUAGAGUGAAUAAAGUGUUUACAAAAGAGUUUGUCAGCUUGUAUGCCAAGGGAGUAUCCAAUAUUCAAAAUAAUUAAUUGGUAUGGGAUUUUAUGCCCCCAAAAUUGGGAUUUAAUUUUCUUUUAGUAAACUGAUAAGUUGGGGAAAUUGGAUUUUGGAAAAGUUUAUAAAUUGUGAAUUUCCCUAAUACAUUUUGAUCCGUAUAUUCAUUCAGUAUCCAAAUCUGUUAACUGUAUGACAUUAGCUUGUUACACUGUCUGUGAACCUGCAAUAUCAAAACAAAUUGCACUACUGACUUGUAUAGUUUUCGCUUUAAAUAUUCAGAGUGUCUGACAAGCAUUCUGUUAGCUCAUCCGUGAGAGAGGAAGCCUUCUCUCACACAUGGUGUAGAUAUGUGAACACUAUCUGUAGGGUGUAGAUAUGUGUUUGUGGCUUUGCAAGAGGUUUAAUUUUAACAAACGCACACAAUGGCUCUCAAUCUGACCUGAUACUUUGCAUCUGCAUGUCUUAAAAACUAAAAAACUGUACAGAUUUGUAUUAUUAUUAUUAUUUCUUCAAGAUUGCCUUGUCAUUAACAUCACCAUCGGAUCCGAAGGGGAAAUGAUCAAAAGAAAGAAUGUUUAGACUGAAAUUAAUUCAUAUCAGUCAUUUUUCUGUCAUAGUAACUGAACUUCGUCCUAAGUUUGUUGAAUGAAUGUAAGCUUUGGGUGUGUUCUGCUUAACCCUCUGUUCAAUAUUGUACUGUGAUUGAAUCCAAUAAAAUAAUAUUAUGUGACAUGA